UCCACGUCAUCGGAUGGUCCACGAGGCAAAUUGUCUUCUUCUUCUAGUCUUCCAAUCUUUGUCCUCUACACGUUUGACAUUGUACAAUCCUCAAUCGACGGAUAGGAAGCCUCCACGUCAAGCCAAUUUGCCACAGGCGAGCAUUCAACCGUUCGGUGUUGGCUGGCUGCGAAACCAACGGCCAGAUUAACGUCACCGCCUCGCGUGUUACGCGGCCACCGCCGGUGGGUCCCAUGCGGCCGCUACAAUCCUACAAGUAGAAAGCAUAUGCCGCUCCAUUGUCUUCCUCCAUGGCUCAAUUCUACUACUAUCAGUUUCUCCUCUUCCUCCUACUUCCUCUCGUUGCCGGCGAAAAUGAGAUUUCAAUCCAGCUCCGGCGAGCUCGACUUCCUCUGCCGCUCGACCCCUUCAACCGGCUCUCUGGAAUGGCUUCUGCCUCUCUUCUUCGAGCUCAGCUGCUUAAAAAGCCGGCCACUAUGUCUCCUUCCACCCGCGCUGCUCUCUACCCCCAUUCUUACGGCGGCUACUCGAUUAACAUCAGUUUUGGAACCCCGCCGCAGGAAAUCCCCCUAGUGUUCGACACCGGUAGCCAACUGACCUGGAUCCCCUGCACCACGAAAUACAUCUGCCAGAACUGCUCCUCACAAGAGAACUCCAUUCCCACCUUCUUUCCCAAGGAAUCCUCUACUUCCAAGCUCAUCGGCUGCAAAAACACAAAAUGCGGAUGGAUCCAUUCUCCGGAAUUCCUCUCACGCUGCCGCAAUUGCCUCCCCUCAAAUUCCUCCGAUUGCUCUCAGAUAUGCCCACCAUACCUACUUGUAUACGGUUCCGGCUCCACCGCGGGGCUUCUUUUCUCGGAAACCUUGCACUUUUCCACUCUGACGGUCACCGAUUUCCUUGUCGGCUGCUCUGUGUUUUCUGACGGGAUGCCAGGCGGCGGAAUCGCAGGGUUCGGCCGUGGGGUUUCCUCUCUCCCGGAUCAACUCAGAUUGAAGAGUUUCUCUUACUGUCUGAUUUCCCGGAAAUUUGACGAUGAAGGCGAGAGCGGCUCUCUAUUGUUGAAUGGCGUCCCCGAUUCCGGCAAUGGCGAGGUCAGUUUCACGCCUCUGCUCAAAAACCCCAUUCCAGCUGCAACAGCAGCGGACGCUACCUAUGGCGCGGAGGCUUUUUCAGUUUACUAUUACGUAGGACUGAGGAAAAUUACAGUCGGAGGAAAGAAGGUGAAGAUUCCGCAUAAGGCGCUUGUGCCAGGAUUCGACGGGAACGGCGGCACGAUCGUAGAUUCCGGGACGACGUUCACGUUCAUGGAGCCAGCAGUAUUCGAGCCGCUAGCCGCCGCGUUCGUCGGCCAAGUGGCCGGGAAGCUGAACCGGUCCGACCAGGUCGAGGUGCUCACCGGACUGAGACCGUGCUUUGAGAUACCGGACAGCGAAUCGAACUACUCGUUCCCGGAUCUCGUUUUCCACUUCAAGGGCGGCGCCAAGAUGCAGCUUCCCCUGGAGAACUACUUUGCCAUUGUGGGAACAUCCCGGCCAGCAAUCUGCCUGACGAUCGUUUCCCCCAACGGAGCUGCCGGCGUAGGCGGCGAAGGCCCGGCGAUCAUACUUGGUAGCUUCCAGCAGCAGAAUUACUACGUCGUUUACGACCUCGAGAGGGAGCGGUUAGGGUUCCGGCGACAAUCCUGUAGUUAGUGCCAUUCAGAUUUCAGUGUUAAGGGGUGGAUAAUGGAAUAAGUGCUUCGCGGCAAGAUUGAAGCCGUUGAAUCGGGAUCGGACGUUCCACAUUGAUUUGCUUUAAAUGGUAUGGAUCCUUCCUUUGCAUUUAAUGGUUUUUUAAGGCAAGUUUUGUAAAGUUGUGAAAAAUAAAAGAUGCUGACUUCUUUAUUAUUGUGGA